AAAGCACUUAUUUUUGUAUUUAAACAGCAAUUUAAGGUGUCAUGUUACUCCACCCACCAAUGUAUCGCGUGGAGGACUGAGACGUUUUCCAGCUAACUCUUUACUUCUCCAACAAAAACACAAAAUAUACAUUUACUGUCUUUUUUUUUUUCUCUGCUACUGAUUUAUAUGAAGCUGGAAAUUCGACGCCACAUGUGUCAGUAGCUGUUCGUAACGUUUCUGAAGUUUUUUACAGGAUGUCCAAGAUGCCUCCCAUUCCAUCCUCCAGAGGACCAAAAAGAAAGAUGGAACAAGAUGCAUUACCCUCAGAGGCCCCAUCCAAAUCAUCCAAAGUCACCUUCCUGAGCCCGUCUCUCCUCCUGCUGGAAAUCCCUGCUGACACCAACACCAGCCUUCCCGUGUGGGAGGCCAUGAGAUCCCAGCAAGUGGACGUGGCGUGGAUUGUCAACCCCUACGGUAUUAGUGUCCAUGUAACCCCUUUGACUUCUUUCCAAGGCAAGAUAUCAGCUACCAGAGAAGGUGAAAGCGGGACUACCCUUUCUACCAGCCACCUGAAGCCUCAGGUGAUCAUCAAGUCCAUCAGUCAGCAGCAAAGCCCCGCCCAUAAUACCCCCUGCGUCCUGCUAUCCUUCCCUCAAAACAGCACCCAGUUACUGUCCGGCCUUCCAGGACAAUCACAGACAAUCCCUCUGAUCCAAAACACCUCCCUGCUCGUCCACCUUCCUCUCAUCAUCACCCAACCACAGCCUGCUGUUCUGCCCAGCACCCCUACCAAGAAAGACUUCCAACCCACCCUCAUAACCCCGACCACUACGCCUACCAAAGAAUACCCUCCCUCCUCACUUCCUGCCACAUCUCCUUUCCACACCAGGUCCUGUUCUGACACCCUGAUCUGUGAUAACUUCAUGCUGAAUGUGUGCCAUGCUGGGAGAAAAUGUAAGCUGUACCACACUCCAUACCCGUUUCACUGGCAGCUCUGGGCAGUGAUCACCCACCGGUGGGUUGAUCUCGCUGUUCGCUCUCAGGUUCUACUUGAAAGGAUGUACUGUGAUGUCAACCAGGAGGUUGUUGUUCUCAAGGAUGGUGAUGCCCGCUACAGUCUGACCUUUGACUCCAUGGAGCUGGACGAUCAGUCCAAGUACAACGGGGUGAGACGACUGACCAACUCUGACAGCCUGCUCAAGAACCCACACUUCCCCAACAAAUGGGAAAUCUACUGGUGGAACAACCUGAGCUGGGAGGAGUACGAGAAGACUCUGUCCGCCCUGCUUCUAAACUGUAUGAGUAAAAAAGAACCAAAGUGCUACUUCCAAAUCGGCGUUCAGAAGUACAAAGUGGACUUCACCGCCAUGACCCAGACAAAUGUCAGGACGGGCUUCCAGAGAGACAUCCGCUGCAGACCCGUCUACCGCUCCCCUAGAUCCAUGCAACCUUUCCUGCAGACAGGAAUCCAGGCUGGACCCAGCAGUGAUCCUCCUGCGGAUAACUUCAGUGUAGACCCUCUGGAGGAGUUCAGCUCCUGGUAUCCUCCCGUGUGGUCUCUGGUUUGUGAGCAGGACUACAGUUUGGUGGACGUUCCAGCAGACUCAGAGGCCCACCGGAGGGUCCGAAACCUCUUCUAUGAGAGUCUUCCGGAGUCCAAGGUGGACAUCAUCGGAAUCCAGCAGGUCCAGAACCUGCUGCACUGGGACAAGUAUCAAAGGCACAAGCUGUACAUGCAGAAGCAUCACGACAAGCAGAAGGAGACUCUCGAGCGACAUCUCUUCCACGGGACGAACAAAGAAGCCGCUCAGGGUAUCUGCGUCAACAACUUCGACCCCCGCAUGGCAGGCCACAACGGAACGUCCUUUGGUUUCGGUUCAUACUUUGCCACCGCCGCCUCGUUCUCCAACUCAUACGCAGCCAUGGCGGGGCCAAACGAAGUCCACCACAUGUUCCUCGCCAAAGUCCUUGUCGGAAAGGCAAGCCUCGGAAAGAACCACUACAACAAGCCUCCACCCCUCAGCUCCAAGACCAAGCAGUACUGUUUCUACGACAGCUGCGUGGACAACCAGGACAAACCCUCCUUGUAUGUGGUUUUUGACAGGUGUCAGUGCUACCCGUACUACCUCAUUAAGUACAAAGAGCUGCCCAACGAGGUCGAGGUUUAAAAGAGAGGAGGGGCGUUGUUAGAAGAGUUAGUUAGCUUGAUGCCGAUUGUUCAGAUUUAAAGCUGCUAGUUACAAAACUAUCUCAAAUGCAUUAUGUUUCUUACCUCAAUGAAGUUCAAGUUAAAACAAAAGUUUAACCAUGUAGUUCAAACUUACGAAGCACUUUAUCAAGUCAGACGUCUUUAUUUUGUUUGUUAGAAUGUUUUUCAUUGAUGGAAUUAAGUAUUGUUGUUUUUCUGUGAAAGGUGUUUUGAUUAAAUUGUUUACGUGUUUAAGGAAAUAAACUGUUCACUGAAUAUUUAAA